AUGGACACUGAGAAUCGUGACCAAAGAAGAUCAACUUUGCCUCCUAAUCAAGAUCCUGCAAGCAUUUAUUACAUUCAUCCAUCAGAUGCAAAUUCAGUACAACUGAUUUCGUUCAAGUUCAAUGGUGAGGGCUACACAAGCUGGAAGAGGUCUAUGUUGUUGGCCUUAUCUGCAAAGAACAAAAUAGGUUUUGUUGAUGGUAGCAUUGAGAAACCAGAUCCAGGAACAAUUGAGUGCAAGGCUUGGGAGAGAUGUAAUGAUUUGGUAUGCUCUCUUAUUCUUUGCAAUCUUGAUGAGGUAAUAUCCAAAAGUGUGAUGUUUCUUAAAUCAGCAAGAGCUGUUUGGACUGAUCUAGAAGAGAGAUUUGGCUUUGCCUCAAUGGCUCAAGUCUACUCACUAGAACAGAAGUUAUCUGAAAUCACUCAAGGAAACAAGUCAGUUUCUGAAUUUUUCACUGAGAUUAAGUCAAUAUGGGAUGCAAUUGAGGAAGCACAUCCUAUGCCAUACUGUACUUGCAACAAUUGUACCUGCAAUGUAACUAAAAAAUUCUUUCAGAGACAGCAAGAAAAGAUGGUGAUGCAGUUUAUGAUGAAGUUAGCUGAUCAGUAUGCAACUAUAAGAGGCAAUGUUCUGAUGGUGCCAGAGUUACCAAAGGUUUCAGAAGUUUACAGACUUUUUGCACAAGAGGAGAGGCAUCAAGAAGUCUCACAUACUAGCAAUGUUUCAGAAUCAGUUGCUUUUGCUGCUGAGAAAAGGAGGUUUGGUGGUGACAAUUGGAAUAACAGAAACAAAUCACAGGCAACUGGUUAUCACAGAGCAGGUGCACACAAUAGGCAAGGAAAGGCAGGUGCAAACUACUUUUGUACAAAUUGCCAAAUUCCAGGCCAUAGCAUUGAGAGGUGUUUCAAGAUUAUUGGAUAUCCACCAGGAUUUCAACCUAGAGAACAGAAAACUGCUGCAAUGUCCUAUGACAAUCAUUCUGAUGCAGAGCAAUCAGUUUUGCCAAAGCCAGAUGUUGCUCCAGCAAUCACAGCAGAUCAAUAUCAACAGCUGCUGAAUCUGCUGAACAAACAACAACAGAAUAUAGGAGCUGGACCUACUACACAAACCAACAACCUAGCUAUGAUGGCAGGUAAUCUCUCCUUAUUAUCUCAGAAUAAUUCUAGAUGGCUACUUGACAGUGGUGCUUCAGAUCACUUUUGCCAUGAUUUGACACAAUUUUCUGACUAUAAAUCCAUUGAACAUCAAGGAAAAUGCAUAACAAUACCUGAUGGAACUAAGGUUGCAGUGAAACAUGUUGGUUCAGUCAGCCUGAGUGAUAAUAUUGUUCUGAAAAAUGUGCUUCAUGUUCCAAAAAGGGAAUUUGAUUCCUCUUGGUGA